UUCGGUCAUCGUUCCCACUCAGCGUUCAGAUUUCGAACAUCGAUAAACACCCUGUUGAUACUUAAUAUUCUAUUCCUUCACCAAAGUUGCUCGGAACCUCAAUUUCUGCUGGUAAUCUGCGAAAGACUUCAGGUUGCUCGAAACUUGUUUGCUUAUUGGUGAGGACCUAUCUUUGGAUCUUUGGCAGGAAGUCGAGAUAAUAGACUAAUGCUUGCCAUAUAGAAUGGAUUCUCAAUAUUUUGGGUAUAGUAUUUGUGGUGCAGAGUUACCCUAUCCUUCUUAUUCUACUGUCUCCUCCAUACCAGCAAAGCUGUUCCAACCCUUGACAUUUAGCUCAAGAAACUCUCCCAAUUCGCCGUUCUCUACUCAGUUCGAUACAGAGACAAUCCCAACAUACAGCGACAGCCUUGAACAGCAUAGUUCGUCCGAUAACUUCUCUGCUGUCACCCCUUGCAAUACUUCUCUGGAUUCCAACAGCUACCGUAAAGAAGGAAGGCCAUCUCCCUUCUGCCGCCAGAAUAGUCUACCAUAUCAUUCCACUGAAUCGCCUUUCCAACCGAAUGCAAAUAACUAUCAGAGCAUAAGGCACGUGUUGCAGGAGUUGGAGAGCACUCUUAUGGCUCCGGACGAAGAUGAUGAAGUCACGACGUCGUCCGAGCCCUUCUUAGGAGGUAAUAAGCGACCUCAUCCGCUUGGUCCUAGGUCAAGAUCGUGGAACCAGGAAGCCCAGAUAUCGUCACCUGGCAGUUCCCGUUUCGGGAGCUCGAGCAGUGAGGUCCAUCUUCCACGACACCAAGGAUCACCGGAGGACUUUGCAGUACACGGCGGUGCUCCUCCGAGCAAUCUGAAACAGCUUCUGAUGGCGUGCGCCGGAGCUCUGUAUGAGGAUAAAGUAUAUGAGUUUGAGAAACUCGUCGCACAGGCUCGAACCAAAGUUUCUAUUAGCGGGGAGCCGAUACAGCGCCUCGGCGCUUACAUGUUGGAAGGGUUGAUAGCAAGGAAGGAGUUGUCGGGCACAAACAUAUACCGCGCCCUGAAGUGCAACGAGCCGGAGAGCAAGGAGUUGCUGUCGUACAUGCACAUUCUCUACGAGAUAUGCCCGUAUUUGAAAUUCGGGUAUAUGGCAGCAAACGGCGCAAUCGCAGAAGCAUGUCGACACGAGGACCGCAUCCACAUCGUCGAUUUCCAGAUCGGACAGGGGACACAAUGGAUGACUCUCUUGCAAGCACUUGCAGCCAGGCCUAGCGGUGCCCCUCAUGUCCGAAUUACUGGUAUCGACGAUCCCGUCUCACAGUACGCCCGCGGAGACGGCCUAUCGGCAGUGGGAUGUCGCCUCGCAGCGAUCUCCGAGAAAUUCAACAUCCCCGUCGAGUUCCACGCCGUUCCAGUUUUCGCGCCGGAUAUCACCCGGGACUUGCUCGAUGUUCGCCCCGGCGAGGCCCUGGCGGUGAAUUUCCCGCUGCAGCUCCACCACACUCCCGACGAGAGCGUCGACGUUACGAAUCCAAGAGACGGGCUUUUACGAAUGGUGAAAUCGCUGUCGCCGAAGGUGGUCACUCUGGUGGAGCAAGAAUCGAACACGAACACGGCCCCGUUUCUCCCGAGAUUCAAAGAGGCUCUGGAGUUUUACUCAGCGAUGUUCGAGUCGAUAGACGUGACGAUGCCGAGGGAGAGGAAAGAGCGGAUCAACGUGGAGCAGCACUGUCUGGCGAGGGACAUCGUGAACAUCGUGGCGUGCGAAGGAAGGGAGAGAGUCGAGCGGCACGAGCUACUGGGGAAGUGGCGGUCGAGGUUUUUGAUGGCCGGAUUCCGGCAGUUCGCGCUGAGCUCGUACGUGAACUCGGUGAUUCGACAGCUGCUGAGAUGCUACUCGGAACACUACACGUUGGUAGAGAAGGAUGGGGCGAUGCUGUUGGGAUGGAAAGACAGGAAUCUUGUUUCUGCAUCUGCUUGGUGCUAAUCUAAUCUCGAAUCUGAAUCUAAGGUAAGUAUAUAUGGGAAUGGGGGAUGUUGUUUUCAGUGUCAACCAAAAUUUUGCAUGUUCCUUAUUGUUCUUAUACAUUUGAUCGAUUGAUUAAUUGAUUAGUUGGUUAAUAAUAUGUCGACUGCUUCAA